CGUUGACUUCUCGUCGGGAUCUCAGAGUUCGAUUCUCUUACACUGGACUCUCUCAGUCCGCGUCUCCGGAAUACCAAGCACAUUCUGCUCCCUCACUUUAUGGGCAGUGGAAAGCUCCUCUUUGUAAACAAGACCCCCUCCUCCACUCUGUUGACCCAGAGUGAACCGUGCGAGCGAGCCCAAAUCCUGCGCCACGUGCAGAGGAACCGUCGCAAGGCCGAAGGAAAUAAGCCACACGCACUACCACCAUGGUCAGAGCAGGUCUACGCGUUGAAGCUUGGUCCCGACACACGCGAAACCGAAGUAGAAGCCACUCGAUCCAGUGUGUCUUUACGGGGCAAUUAUCCAUCCUCCAACUCCUCGGAUCCUUUCCAUUGUACAGUGGCGGGUCCUGACCAUGCGAUCCACGCCCUCCUCCGAUGCGUAUUCUCAUCGGAAUCCCGAUCCAACUUCCUCGCCGAGGCCUUUGCUCCGGCGUCCAUCGUCGCUCGCGGGGCUGCCACGCGCCACGAGAGUAUCUUCGCAAGGCGGCUACAGCAGUGCGUUGUUGACCAAACGCUUAUGUAUGCAACUCUCGCAUAUGGGUCGAGUUUUAUCGGCUGGGCCUCCUCGCGAAGGGAAUCGGCGAACAGUAGGGCGGGGCUCCAACAACCACCUGAAUACUACCUUGGCAAAGCAAUCCGUGGUGUCCGGGAGCGGCUUGCGCUGGCUUCAGGGUUCCAAUCCACGCCAGAUGACUGGCUUAUGCUUUCGAUCUACUCUCUCGCAAUCACAGAGCUGUGGAACGGGAUGCCAGAAACGUGGGGCCGGCCUGACGACAGCAGUGGGAGCAGUGAGACGGCCAACAAGUAUUCCCGUGCGACUCUGAGCGCUGUCUCUAGUGCUGCUCUAGCAGCGUGCCGAAUCCAUCUCUCUGCGGCCCUGAGUGUUGUUAUCGACGUUGGCGGGUGGCAUUACUUCGAUCCCUAUAUCCUCGACAGCUUCAUACUUGUCGAUAAGUUCCUGGCAAUUCACCAGCUGACGCCGCCCAUGAUUCCUCUUACCUGGGACCCGGGACCGCUAUACUUCCGUAGUGGCAAUAUCGAGACCAUGUUGGAACAAGGCGCAGUCAAUUCUCAGCAGAUGGGUGCAGGCUUUGCCGAUACCUCCAUGACAGCUCGUCUACGAAGCCUCAUCCGCGAUAUCAUCAGCUUCUGCGUCCUUGCCGAAGCCGGCUGGUCAAGCAAGGAGGCGAUGACGUUCAAGCAGGAGUCAUGGCUAUUCCGCCGCCUGCAGGCACUGGCAUGCCGACUGCUUGCUUGCUACCACGCGGAAAGCACCGUCGUCGGCCAAUGCAUCAGUCUAACCGCCCUUGUCUUUCUUUUCAGCUGCACAUCGCACCGCGGACCGGAACUCGGUGCACUGUACGCUGCGCGACAUCUCAAACAUUUACUGCUCCAUAGCGGAUAUAUGCUCGUGGAAACGGGUCAUGUUGAUCUGUAUAGAUGGUCCCUAUUCACGGGCGCAAUGAUAGUCCCGUCGCGUGAACGGGAUUGGCUUAUUGCUGAGUUUGUGGGACUCUAUCGGAACUUCCACGUAGCGCAUAUUGCUGUAUUGCAGCAGGAGAUGGAGAGGUUUCUCUUUUUAGCGGCGCGACAGCGUGGACGGCUUAUGGAGUUGAUGGAGAGGGCUUCUGCGGUCGGGAGCUGAAUGACCGACGAUUGAUCGGAGGGACCUGGUGGGACAUGGUGCCAAAU